CCUAAAAAAAAGACUCUGGCGCCAAUACAAAUACACUAGCGUCUAAUGAAAUUUUCCAUACAUUUGUUAUAAGCUUCGGCGGGGAUGAUCUUCAUUGAUUUCAACGAAUUAUGGGUUUUUUUGAUUUUGACAAAUUUUUGGAGCGCCAUUUGCUAGAUCGAUGAACUGUUUCGACGCCAUAUUCAUAAUCUUGAAGUUACAAAAAGGUUGUACCCAUCUAGAAAACAAGUUAUGAUCGAUUCGCUUUGGGUGCACGGGCUUAUGGACCAGUCCGGUUCAAAUUUGAUCACAUGUCGGAGAGGCAAGAAACAUUAUAUUCGAAAUAUAGAUGUUACGAAAAUAUUAGACAAAAAAAAAAAAAUAUAGACAUAUUAACUGGAAAGUUCUUACGGGCUAGUCACUAAAGUGGUUAACAGGAAAAAACUGACCAAGAAGAAAGCGUAGUCUUUUAUUCGGGUACAGAGUAAAGAUCGAUUUCGUUUCGAUCUCACGGCAGUCGGGUCUAAGUAAGCAUUAAAUCAGAAACAAGAGUUGCUCGAGAUCGAAGGUAUUUUAAAGACACAAUGUACAUCAUUUUAUUCAUGAAUAUUUGGGUAUGAGAAAGAUAUGUGAUAUAAGGUGGGUUCCGCGCGAGCUCACUUUUGACUAAAAACAAGGAUCAGUUGAUGACUUGGAGCCGUGUUUGGAGAUGUUGAAACGAAAUAAAUCCGAGUUUAUGCGUUGAUAUGUGACAAUGGAUGAAAGAUGGCUUCCACGGCGGCAGCCAACCGGGUAGACUGCACUCGAUGUACCCGCUCCAAAGCGUGGAAAAACGCAACAGUCGGCUCGUCAGGUUAUGUUAUUUGUAUGUUGGGAUGCGCAUGGAAUAAUUUUUAUUGUCUUCCUAGCAGCGACUAUUAAAUAGCAUUAUUAGACCGUUUAAUGAACGAAAUAGCCGAAAAGCGGCUGCAUUUGAAGAAAACGAAAUGGCUAUAUCACUAAGCCAAUGUCACAAAUCAGUGAAAACAAUGACAAAAAUCUAUGAAUUUGGCUUCGAAUUACUUCCGUGAAUAUGAAUCCUCUGUAGAAUCAGUAUGACAGUAUAUUUGCAUGAAGAGGCGAUCGCUGCAAAUGAGGCCUAUUUUGGAGCAAAAAACAAAUCCCCGCAAUAUAGCGCUGCACAACUAUCCACUGGAAGAACACACAGUGCAAACCAGCGAUGGCUACCUUCUCAGUACCUACCGCAUACCAGCACUAAUCGCCAAAAGGAACGGAGUCGUACUACUACAGCACGGUUUCACACUCUCCUCCGAUGUUUGGCUGCUGCGCGGUCCUAAAGAAGAUCUGCCUUACCUCCUUGCUGACGCUGGUUACGACGUCUGGCUGGGCAACCAUCGCGGUAAUGAAUAUGGACUGAAACACAGUAACUUGCAUCCAACUGCGGAUAGAAAACACUUUUGGAAUUUCACCUGGCACGAGAUGGGCUUCUACGAUCUGCCGAAUAUAGUCGAUUAUAUACUUGAGGAAACCGGUGAAAAGUCCUUGCACUAUGUGGGUUAUUCACAGGGCGGCUUGGUAGCGUUAGUGCUGCUGAUGACACGACCCGAAUAUGCCGAAAAGUUUAAGUCAUUGCAAUUCACAGCGCCCACUGUAUACAUGCGGAAUCUCAAUGUGCCGGUGCCUGCUUCUUGGAUCGGUAAGCUGCUCAACUAUUUGUCAUAUUUCUUGGAUUGGUGGGGUUAUGGUGAAACCCUGCAGUUUGCGCGUUGGAAUUUGCAUAAACGGAUGUGUAAAGCGAUGUGUGCCGAUGGCGCCUGGCUUAGACCUUUUUUUAAGAAAAUAUUUAGUAUGAUCGGUGGACCGGUGGCUGCGAACGAAGAUUAUGAGCACAUUUUAACGGAAAUUUGUGGUAGUGUUCCGGUGGGCGCCUCUAGCAAGCAACUCCUUCACUACAUGCAGCUAUAUGCCACUGGCGGUUUCACGCACUUCGACUAUGGUAGUGCUGAUCGCAAUUUACGUCAAUACGGUCAAGUGCUGGCCCCCAGCUACAAUGUGAGCUCCAUUAAAAAUUGCAUAUCGAUAUAUUACAGUGAAACCGAUAAAAUGUGCGGACCGGAAGAUGUGCGUCAGCUGGGUAGAGAUCUGCAAUGUGCAGAGUUGCAUCGUUUGCCUUAUGCCGCAUGGAAUCAUGGCGACUUUGUUUGGUCGCGCCAUGCUCGGCAUGCUCUACACGAACCCAUAAUAGCGAAAAUGGACGCAUGGCGGGAUGGCAUGGCAUUUGCAUACUGAGACGUAAAACUCAGAAAGUUUAGGGGUUGUUUGUAUUUUGUAAAUAUUAUUAUAAUUUCUCUUGUUGAGAAACUGGCUGAUCUAAGUUUUAAUAUUUUAUU